CAGCUCUCCCGAGUGCGCGCGCGGGGCAGUAGGAGGAGAGGAGAGUCCCUAAUUGCGCGUAGCAUCUCCGCUUUAAAAAAAAAAACCUCUGCACACCUAAGGGGAAAGAAAGAAAGAGGGCGCGGAGGAGGGAGAAAGCGCAAGAAUUAAAGAGAGAGGGAGGUAAAAAGAGAGAGCGUUGUCACUGGAUAACGUCUUGCUGUGCACAAUUCGCCAGGCUGUCCUGCUGACCGGAGCCAAAGGCCGAGGUGUUCGAAAUCAUGGCGAGUUUGCUGGAGAACCCCGUCCAGGCGGUGCUGUAUCUGAAGGAGCUGACAGCUAUCGUUCAAAACCAGCAGAGUCUGAUCCAGACCCAGCGGCAUCGCAUCGACAUCCUCGAACGCAAGUUGGACGACCUGGUGGUGGAGAAUAAGCAGCUGCGAGAGACAAAUGAGCUCCAGCAUCAUCCUCCACACCACCACCAAGCACAGCCGGGGCAGCUGCCGCAGGCCGAGCAGUCGCCCUCCAUUCCCCAGCAGGAGAUGCAGCUUGUGCCGGCUUCGACUCUUUCCCCAAGCCCGGAAGAUUCUCCUGAGGACUCGGAACGCCGGCAGGGCUGCAAGGCGCUGGUCCCGCAGACUCCCUCGACCCUCACCCGGGCAGGGGCACGGGCGCACAAAUCAGAGAGUCAGACAGUGCUGCACCAGUUCUGCUGCCCAGCUCCGGAGGCCCCAGAGAGAGAGGCCAUCUGCUGCUCCGAAAGCCCUGCAUUACUGCCCUCUGGAGGGAAGGAGGAUGAGGCGGGACAGAAGAGGAAGUCCAGCCAACCAGAUGCCUCUACCUGUGCACACUCUCCCCAGUACAAUCUCACAACUGACCUAGAGGAGACACAGAUAGAGGACUUGGAGCGUAAGUACGGCGGUCCGCUGAUUGCGCGGCGCGCGGCCCGUAAGAUCCAGACGGCGUUCCGCCAGUACCAGCUCAGCCGCAACUAUGAGAAGAUCCGCAACUCGAUGUCGGAGCGGCGUGAGCCGCGGCGCAUGUCGGUGCGGCGCGUGCGGCUGCCACGGGAAGGCUUUUCGGCCGAGCAGGCCCUCGUGGAGGGGUGCAAGCUGAUGGGGAUCCCCCUCACGCACUCCGCCUCCGCACCCUCCUGUAGCGGCGGAACACUCACCAACCUGGAGGACACCUUCACCGAACAGGUGCAGUCGCUGGCACGCUCCAUAGAUGAGGCUCUGAGCACCUGGUCCACCAUCAGACCCGAGGAGGGGCCGACAGGUGAGGGGGGAGGAGGCGGUGGAGAGGAGGGGUGCUCUGGCGCAGGUGCGCCCCCCUCCAGAGGGGACGGCGGUCUGCUGGUGGACCCCGAUACGAUCCGCGUGGCGUGCGGCGAGAACCUGCCCCGCAGUGCCAGCAAGCUGAUGCUGGCCUUCCGCGACGUCACCGUGCAGAUUGACAACCGCAACUACCGCUUGUCCUCCUCCGCCGUGCUCGAGUCCGUCGCCCUCGGCAACAGCAAGCCCGACGGCCCACCGCAGGGACCGCCGCCGCCACCACCGGCGCCAUCAGAGUCCCGCCGUGUCAGCGUCCAAUCAGAGGGUGAGCCCGAGUUUCCCGCCCCGCCAUCCCGGGAGGAGAUGGAGGAGGAGGGGGUGGACGGGGAUCCAUCGGGGGUGGAGGCCGAGAUGGGGAGGCCCGGAGGCAGGGGCAGCAGGAGGUCCAGUCAGGUGCGGCCCGAGGCGGAGGCCGUCAGCGGCGGCAGCAGCACGUCCACGUCUGGCCAGUCGGCCUGCGAGACUAUGGUCCUCUCUCUGCCCCGCCCACACUGCCAGGACACGAACACCUGCGGAACGCUCUCCACGGAUACGGCCCGGAAACGCCUCUACAGGAUUGGCCUCAAUCUCUUCAACCUAAACCCGGAUAAAGGCAUUGAGUUCCUGAUCUCCCGCGGAUUCAUCCCAGACACACCCAUUGGCGUGGCCCACUUCCUGUUGCAGAGGAAGGGGCUCAGUCGACAGAUGAUCGGAGAGUUCCUGGGAAACGCCAAGAAGCAGUUCAACAGAGACGUGCUUGACUGUGUGGUGGAUGAGAUGGACUUCUCAGGGCUGGAGCUGGACGAGGCGUUGAGGAAGUUCCAGGCGCAUAUUCGCGUCCAGGGAGAGGCCCAGAAGGUGGAGAGACUCAUCGAGGCAUUCAGCCAGCGGUACUGUAUGUGCAACCCUGACGUAGUGCAGCAGUUCCAUAAUCCCGACACCAUCUUCAUCCUGGCCUUUGCCGUGGUCCUCCUCAACACGGACAUGUACAGCCCCAACAUUAAGCCUGAGCGCAAGAUGCUGCUGGAGGACUUCAUACGCAACCUCAGGGGUGUGGAUGAUGGAGCCGAUAUCCCUCGUGAGAUGGUGGCUGGCAUUUACGAGCGCAUCCAGCAGAGAGAGCUACGCUCCAACGAAGAUCACGUGACCUACGUCAGCCGCGUGGAGCAAAGCAUCCUGGGAAUGAAGACAAUCUUGGCGGUGCCUCACAGGAGGCUGGUGUGCUGCAGUCGGCUUUAUGAGGUCACGGAUGUGAACAAGCCCCAGAAACAAGCCUCUCAUCAGAGGGAGGUCUUCCUCUUCAACGACCUCCUAGUGAUCCUGAAGCUGUGUCCUAAAAAGAAAAGUGCAGCCACAUACACUUUCUGUAAAGCCAUGGGACUACUCGGCAUGCAGUUUCACCUGUUUGAAAAUGAGUACUACCCACAUGGCAUCACGGUGCUUUCUCCGUUCUGCUCGGAGAAGAGGCAGGUGGUGAGCUUCAGUGCCCCAAACGCAGACGAGCUACUCAAGUUUGUGGAGGACCUGAGAGAGAGCAUCUUAGAGGUGGCCGAGAUGGAGAACAUACGCAUUGAGUGGGAGCUGGAGAGACAACAGGGAAUAAGGAGCCAGCCACCCAAAACCAACCAAAAUCAGAUGGAAAUUCAUAUUGGGCAAGGCACACCUACUGGAAAUCAUGAGUACUACGAGAAGAGUGGAAACAACACAGUGGAGGUGUCAAUUCACAACAGGCUCCAAACGUACCAGCUGGCCUCACCCCAGAGCCUCAGCUCUCCCGUGACGUCCCUCGCCGGCGUUCACCCCCUGGCCGUCCUGCCUAGCCAAGCCAUCCCCACGCUGCCCUCCCUCUCCCCCCUGGACACGCUCAUCCAAUGCCAGCAGAUCGUCAAGGUCAUCGUCGUGGACGCCACGGGCCGCGGACGCGUGGAGGCCUUCCUCAGCCAGAGCCCCGCCCAUCGCCUCAUCCAGUCGGCCGACUCCACGCCCGUGCGGUCCCGGGAGGGCGGGGCUGAUGGGAAGGGCGGGAGCAACCCGCCCCCCCCCCCUCCCUACCACCAUCCACACCAGUACUGCCCCCCCACGCCCCCGCCACAACACCACCUGCUCAGCAGACACAGGUACUCCAGCAGGACCCGAAGCCUGGUGUGAAAAAACAACACACACACACAUGCACACACGUAAAACAAAACCCUCUUAUACAGAGACGUAGAGGUAUGGACUAGAUGUGCAGACACAUACGUUGACAACUCUAUACAAACAGACCCUUCUUUACUCCUUUAAUCUACAGUGACAAAAAAACGUAGUCAUGUGUUAUAUUGAACUAGUUAAGAAUACGUUCAAUUGUAUAUGAAUUAGGUGUGUUUCUAUUGUGCUCAAGCUGGAACACAUGUUCAUACACACACACACACACACACACACACACACA